AUGAGCGCACCCCCCCUCCUCCCGAAUCCCCAGACGUUCCCGGACACUCGAAGCGAGCGGUCGCAUUGCCCCUCGCUCCGACGACUACGGCUCGCCCGCCACUUCUUGCGCGCGUACGUCUCCGCCUUCGACCGCGCUUAUGAGCGCAGCCUUUUUCAGGGCUCGCACGACAGACGGAGGCCCCAUCUCAUGGGCGACCCUCCGAAGAAGCAGCAGAGGAAGAGGCCGACGAAGCAACCUCCAGACGGCACUGAUGGCUCGGCGCCCAGACGAGCCCAGCAGCUCAACCCACGUGGCCGGCAGUCACGCUCCGGCAGGUCGCCUGCCGCCUUACGCUGGAAGCGGGGGCUUAAAGCUCGCACGCUACGCGCGCUCUCGGCGGACUCGACGAGCUCCGCGCCGUCAUGUACGCCUUCUCCAGUGAGCGCGACACCACCCACGCGCGCACCAUCGGCGCUGGAUACACCCUUCCGUGCAUUUCCCAUUGAUGCACCGAAAACUACCGCCAGCGAUCACCACGCCGCGCCGUCCGCUUCAACGGACACCACCGCGGAGGCCCUACUUCGGCUGCCUCCACCGACGACAGUGCCAGCUGCCCGUCGACCGGCGACACCGACGACAGUGCCGGCACUUUCUUCUUGCCAACCGCAAGCAUGA